UCAUUAUCAAGAUCUAUAAUUACAAUAUACUCCUUCUCUGUCUCCCUCUGUCUGUCCAGUUCUUCUUCUCCUCUUCCUCUCUCCUAGAGACUUAGAAAGAACUAGCUUUACCAGACCUAAACACCAAAUUUUGAUUUUGAUUUCCAGAAGAAGUGUUAGUUUUAUGGUAACAGAAAUUAGCUAAAAGAAUAAGAGCGUUCUCUAUGAAAAGUAAUUAAUUAAUCUCUUUGAGUUAGUUAAGUUAUUGUGAAGAUACCUAAUUAGACCUCUGGGAGAGAGAGAGAGGGAGAGGGAGAAGCAGAUUCUCAUUAUCAAAGCUAGUAACAUUUUUCAAGGAUCUUAUUUAAUUUUUCUGGGUUUUGAUUACUGAGAAUAAUGACAGUAGAGGAAUCAUUAAUAAGAGGAAGUAGUGGUAGUGAAGAUGAACAGAAAAUUGAUUUGUUUCCAAUUGGUAUGCGGGUAUUAGCUGUUGAUGAUGAUCUCAUUUGCUUGAGGGUCUUAGAGUCUCUUCUAAGGAGAUGUCAAUACCAUGUUACUACAACAACUCAGGCAGUUACAGCACUGAAGAUGUUGAGAGAAAAUAGAGAUAAGUUUGAUUUGGUUAUCAGUGAUGUUCAGAUGCCUGACAUGGAUGGAUUCAAGCUUCUUGAGCUUGUGGGUCUUGAAAUGGACCUUCCUGUCAUAAUGUUGUCGGCCAAUGGAGAUACAAGAAAUGUGAUGAGGGGAAUUACUCAUGGUGCUUGUGACUACUUGCUCAAACCUGUUAGAAUUGAGGAGCUCAAGAACAUAUGGCAACAUGUACUUAGGAAGAAGAAGGUUGAACCCAAGGACCAAAACAAUCUUGACAAGCUUAAUCCAGGAAUGGGUGAUUCUGGGAAAGGUCAUUCAGUGUCUGGAAAUGAUGAUCAAAAUAAGCUCAAUAGGAAACGCAAAGAUCAGAACGAAGAAGAUGAUGAUGAGUGUGAGGAUGAAAAUGACAAUGAUGACCCGUCUUCGCAGAAAAAACCAAGGGUAGUUUGGUCGGUAGAGCUUCACCGCAAGUUCGUUGCAGCCGUAAAUCAGUUGGGAAUUGAUAAAGCCGUCCCUAAGAAGAUACUCGAUCUGAUGAAUGUGGAUAGACUUACUAGAGAGAAUGUGGCAAGCCAUCUUCAGAAAUAUCGGCUUUAUCUGAAAAGGAUUAGCUGUGUGGCAAGCCAGCAAGCGAACAUGGUUGCUGCUUUAGGUGGUAAAGAUGCUUCCUAUUUGCGCAUGGGUUCACUUGAUGGAUUUGGAGAUUUCCAUGGCUUUGGGGGACCGGGGCAGCUACCGAACGGUUCAUUGGCAUCAUAUUCACCAGUUGGAAUGCUUGGAAGAUUAAAUACUCCUGUUGGUAUAGGGUUACAUGGUCCCUCUUCUGGAAUGAUGCAACUUGGUCGACCCCAGAACCCGACCAACUCUGUCCAUGAUCUAGGGAAGCUUCGUCAAAGUGUCAUACCUGGAAACCAAAAUGGGAAUUUUCUUCAAGGGAUGCCGACACCUCUGGAACUUGACCAAUUGCAACAAAGUAAGAGCAUUGCUCGUAUAGGGGAGUUCUCUUCAUCCAUUGAUCCAAGAGCUUUUCCAGGUCCGAGUAGUUUCCCAGACACUGGAGUCACCAUAGCUAAUUCAAACAACUCGUUUCAAAAUGUUCAUAGCAACUCACUGUUGUUACUAGGAGGGCCACAGCAAACCCAGAGUAGGGCUGGUUUUGGAAAUCAAUCCUCUGUUAGAAUGCCGUCAGUCAAUUCCGAAUCUUUUGAGUUUGGGUUUGGCGUUUCUUCUCAUUUACCUGACCUGGGUAGGUGCAACGACAAUUGGCCGACUGCUGCUCCAAUAAGUGGAUUUCCUUCAAAUCCUCUGCCACUGGGUGACAAUCCUUUUAGCCACGCGGAUUUAUCGUCGGAUAUUCUAACAGACAAUAUUUCUUCGAUCAACGCCACAAUUGGGAAUAAUUCACUUGACGUGUCCUCCAACAGUGUAACGAAUCAGCUCGAUUCAAGAAGGGAUUUACAACCAGGGCCUAUUGGUGUUGCUCAACAUGACAAGUUCUCUAACUUUGUGAAUUUGGGUGAUAAUGUUGGCCAGAGUAUGAAUUUAGUUCCUAAACAGAAAUGGAUUAGUCAUAAACAAGAUUAUAACCAAACAUCAAAUCUUCUGUUCAGUUCAUCAAGUCCAUCAGUACCUAUUCAUGGGGUUGUGGAUCCCUUAGGUCAGAAUAGUACAAUGAGCAACAGAAAGACUGAUUUGAUUUCCACCUCACAACCAGCAGCUGGUAGUAAUUCAUAUUUCACACGACGUAAUGGGAUUGAGAAAUCGUCUAUUGGCAUGACUGAAAAUUUUCUCUUGGAUCAGAAUAGGUCACAAGGUGGUGCAGUCAUGUCUAAUAGUUGUGGCUCCUUGGAGGAUCUAAUGAGCGCAAUGAUUAAACGGGACUUUGGAUAAAAUUGUUUAGUUUCUUAUGCAGGAGCGAGAAGAACUUACACCGAGGGACGGUGAUAUUUUCCCAGUGAGAACAUGUAUGUGAAAGAAAUAUUAACUCCCCUUAAGAAUUGGGAAAAAUAAGGACACUGUUGCAACAUGCCAUGAAAGACUCUUUUUUCUCCAAGAGAAAAAGGAGUUUGUAUUAUCAUCUUGAUUGAUUGUCAUGUAAUCUCUUCUGGCUUUUUUUUUUUUUUUUUUGUUUUUAAUCUGAAGUUUUUAUUCCCUUUGUAUGUUGCGAGUCUUAUACCAGUGUCAUUUGCUUGUAUAUUUCUGCCUUCAGUUGUCUUCUUUUUCCUCGUUAAGACAAUUCAAUGAUUCCCGAAAAGAGACAGUGUUUGAUUGUGCAA